GUUGGCAUAUCGGAUCGCACUACUCUGCCUCCAGUCUCCACAUCUACUGUCGUUUUCGUGACGCGGCAAUCAAUCAGCGGCGAUGUCAACUCUCAGUAUUCCGGCAUGUGUCCCUCCGGUUUCCGACGACUGUGAACAACUCCGUACUGCCUUCAAAGGAUGGGGGACAAAUGAGAAGUUGAUCAUAUCAAUUUUGGCUCAUAGAAAUGCUGCUCAGCGCAAGUCGAUUCGACAGGCUUAUGCUGACACCUAUGGUGAAGACAUCCUCAAGGAGUUAGAUAGGGAACUCUCACAUGAUUUUGAGAAAAUUGUAGUGCUCUGGACACUGGACCCUCCAGAACGUGAUGCAUAUUUGGCCAAUGAAGCAACUAAGAAGUGGACAGCGAGCAAUCAAGUGCUUGUGGAGAUUGCCUGCACAAGGUCACCCAAGGAAUUGAUUGUUGUCAGAGAAGCUUAUCAUGCUCGUUAUAAGAAAUCCCUUGAAGAGGAUGUUGCACAGCACACAACUGGGGACUUCCGCAAGCUUUUGUUACUUCUGGUGACCUCAUAUCGCUACGGUGGUGAUGAGGUGAACAUGACUCUUGCUAAGCAUGAGGCUAAACUCCUGCAUGAGAAGAUCUCAGACAAGUGCUAUGCUGAUGAUGAUGUGAUUAGAAUUCUGGCCACAAGGAGCAAAUCCCAGAUCAAUGCAACCUUGAAUUGCUAUAGAGAUGAAUAUGGACAAGAUAUUCUCAAGGAUUUGGAAGCUGAUGAAAAGGAUGAAUUCCUUGCAAUACUAAGAGCUACUAUCCAAUCUCUUCUCUACCCUGAGAAGUACUUUGUUGAGGUACUUCGCGGUGCAAUCAACAAGAGGGGCACAGACGAAAGCGACCUGACAAGAGUUGUUGCAACAAGAGCUGAGGUUGAUUUGAAGGUCAUUGCAGAGGAGUUCCAGAAAGUGAAUAGCAUCCCUCUAGACCGCGCCAUUGCUAAAGACACCCAUGGCGACUAUGAAGACAUGCUCUUGGCUUUGCUUGGCCAGGGCGACAUUUGAAGAUGAGAUAAACCAUGUCGAUACAUAAUAAUAAGGAGAGACUCAGAUAUCUGCUAUAGGGCUUUUAAAGAAUUCUACUUUGUCCUCUCCAUGUUGCUUUUGUGUGUUUUCAGUGUUGUUUUAUCUUUCAAGGACUUGCAUAUCCUUGUGAGUUGUGGCGGCGAGAACUUGGAUUUACGUGUAAUAUCGUGUUAAUUAUUACAGAAUUGCUUGUCUUUUCCUGGUCUCCAUAAUC